AUGGCCUCGACGUAUGAUCUUGUAAAUUAUGACUCCGACGAGGAGAGAGAAAGGCAACCUAUUGUCCCCUUCGCUAACCUCGCGUCCGCUGCUUUUUUCAUGGCUGGCUUGUUGGAACAGGCCGGGAUUACUUACGGACUAAUGGGUGGGCUUGCGGUCGCGUUCUUGGGCAGCAACCGAGCCACUCGGGAUGUUGACAUGGCCUUCCAGGCAUCUGGGAAAAUGCGGGACAUUUGGAGGAUUGUGGAAGCCGAGCCACGCUUGAUAAUCCCGAACACCAAAUUGGUCAGUAAUAUUGUGAAGGUAUUUGUUCGCACUGGCCCAAAUUACGAUGGUUGCAUAAACGUGCUACAUGUCGAGGUUGAUCUUAUCGAGAGUGGGUACCAAAACAGCCCACGGGAGCUUUCAGCGAACAGAAGGCAAAUUUCUAUCAAUACUACGGUUGGGAUGCAGAUGAUCUAUAUAAUAGCGCCCGUCUUUCUCAUGCGAGGCAAAAUGGCAGCCUUCGCUGCUCGCCAGAGACUUGCUGAUAUGGAGGACAUUCAACACUUGGUGCGGACCUAUGGCACGGAAAUCCGAGCGGCUGUCGAUCAUUUAGAUCCGGAUACCGUUACUACUUUCCUUGAGAUUUUAUCUCCCGUGAACCUUGCCCGCUGGAAAACAUUCUUUGGGCGUUGA